CCUCCUCCUCCUCCUCCUCCUCCUCCUCUUUCGUGUUCCGUCCCUGUGCUCCUGCAGCCCUAACAGAACCUCGUUCCAGGCGUCUCUCACACGCAGGCUGCGCCAUGUCCUCCAGCCAGCUGCCGGCUCAACCUAAGCCAAAAUCGCCCUUGCGGAAGAGAGGCAGCCUGCAGAACACAGUCAGCCCCGACCUCCGUGGUGUUGCAACAGCUAAGGCUCUUCCCUCUCAGAGGUCCCUGCCCGGGACCCCUGUUUGCCACAAACAUUUCACCAUCGAUCUACGCACCUCCAUGGAUGGCAAGUACAAAGAGAUUGCUGAAGAGCUGUUCACACGCAGCCUGGCAGACAGUGAGAUGCGCAGUGCCCCCUAUGAGUUUCCGGAGGACAGCCCCAUCGAACAGCUGGAGGAACGGCGACACCGCCUGGAGAGGCAGAUUAGCCAGGAUGUGAAGCUGGAGCCUGACAUCUUGCUGCGAGCAAAACAGGACUUCAUGAAGAUUGACAGCACCGCAGACCUGGAACUGCUAAAGGAGCAGAAUGAAGUAUGUGUGGACCACGGUCCAAAAGAGAGGGAUAACCAGGGCUCCCUAAUACUAGAGCGGGAGUUCCAGCGAGUGUCAAUAUCUGGAGAGGAAAAAUGUGGGGUGCCCUUCACGGAUCUGUUAGAUGCCGCCAAGUGUGUGGUGAAGGCAUUGUUCAUCAGGGAAAAGUACAUGGCUCUGUCCAUGCAGAGUUUUUGCAGAACCACAGCUCGCUACAUGCAGGAGCUUGGUGAGAAGCCCUUGGAACUGCAUGUCUAUGAAGAGAUCCCCGAGACGCCUGUUGCUGCAGACGCUCCGGUACACCCCCCUGUUUCCAAGACACACCCUUAUGAGGGCCAGGACCCUAAAAACAUGCCACUGGAUGUGGGGUAUGGCCUCAAGAUGGUGGAUGGUGUAGUCCACGUCUACACGAAAAGUCAUUUUAUGGAGAAGAACACAGAGCUGGACUUACCCUACCCAGACCUGCAAGCAUACAUCACAGACAUGAACAUGAUGAUGGCCCUCAUCAUCAACGGCCCAGUGAAGUCCUUCUGUUACCGUCGGCUGCAGUACCUGAGCUCUAAGUUUCAGAUGCACAUCUUGCUGAAUGAAAUGAAGGAGCUGGCUGCUCAGAGGAAGGUCCCGCAUCGUGAUUUCUACAACAUCCGCAAGGUGGACACACACAUCCAUGCUUCAUCCUGCAUGAACCAGAAACACCUUCUGCGCUUCAUUAAACGGGCUAUGAAGAAGUACCCUGCAGAGAUUGUGCAUAUGGAGAAGGGAAAGGGCCAAACACUCAUGGAAGUGUUUGAGAGCAUGAACCUGACUGCCUACGACCUCAGUGUGGACACGCUCGACAUGCACGCUGACCGCAACACUUUCCAUCGAUUUGACAAAUUCAAUGCAAAAUACAACCCGAUUGGUGAGUCCAUCUUGCGGGAAAUCUUCAUCAAGACUGACAACUACAUUGAGGGGAAGUACUUUGCUCACAUUGUCAAGGAAGUGAUGUCAGACCUGGAGGAGAGCAAGUACCAGAAUGCGGAACUGCGGUUGUCUAUAUACGGUCGUUCGCAUGAUGAGUGGGAUAAGUUGGCUCGUUGGGCUGUCCGACACAAAGUCUAUUCUGAUAACGUGCGCUGGUUGGUUCAAGUACCACGCCUCUUUGAUGUAUACCGCACUAAGAAUCAGCUGGCCAACUUUCAAGAGAUGCUGGAGAACAUCUUCCUGCCGCUCUUUGAGGUUACCAUCAAUCCUAGCAGCCACCCAGAGCUGCAUCUCUUCCUUCAACAUGUGGUGGGCUUUGACAGCGUGGAUGACGAGUCCAAGCCAGAACAUCACAUCUUCAACCUGGACAGUCCCCUGCCUUUUGACUGGACCGAGGAGGAUAAUCCCCCCUACUCGUACUACCUCUACUACAUGUAUGCAAACAUGACUGUUCUCAACCACUUGCGCAGGAAGCGUGGCUUUCACACCUUUGUGCUGCGGCCGCACUGCGGGGAGGCGGGGCCGAUACAUCACCUGGUGUCGGGAUUCAUGCUUUCGGAGAGCAUCUCGCAUGGACUGUUGUUGAGGAAGGCACCAGUGUUGCAGUACCUGUACUACCUGGCCCAGGUGGGCAUCGCCAUGUCCCCCCUCAGCAACAACAGCCUGUUUCUGAGCUACCAUCGCAACCCCCUGCCAGAAUACCUGUCCCGCGGCCUUAUGGUCUCACUGUCCACCGAUGACCCACUGCAAUUCCACUUCACCAAGGAGCCACUGAUGGAGGAGUACAGCAUUGCCACACAAGUGUGGAAGCUCAGCUCCUGUGACAUGUGUGAGCUGGCCAGGAACAGCGUGCUGAUGAGCGGCUUCACCCACAAGGUGAAGAACUAUUGGCUGGGGCCUGGCUAUGUGAAGGAAGGACCAGAAAGUAACGAUAUCCGCCGCAGCAAUGUGCCGGACAUACGUGUGGCAUUCCGCUACGAGACGCUGUGCGAGGAGUUGCAGCUCAUCACCCAGGCUGUCCGUUCCGAGGAACUCGACACCAUUGAGGAGGAGGAUAGCCUGUCCAUGGCACCAAUCCCAGGAUGGCAGUGAGCCCCCCCCUCCUUACCCAGGACAACACAGAGAGAAGGAGAGAGCUGCGCUCUUUGUGGCACCUUCGCUUUGUACCUGUGUUCAUGCCAAGGAAAUGGCCCACAGCUGGCAUGCACUCACAUGGCUUGGGUUCUGUCUCGUGUUCUUCUUACUUCUCUCCUUUAGGCACAUGUGUCUCCUUUUUUGUUGGACUGAAGCACUCUUCUUUCUUUUCCUCUCUCUUUCUUCCUCACUGUGACUCUUUUGGUUUGUUUAUAUCUGCAUGCCAGGGUUGCAACAAGGCUGAGACUGAGUGAUUCAUGUAUUUAGAUGCAUAUAACUCAAGGAGAGAGCCACCAAAUCUUGAUUAGUAUCUUUUUCCGUCCUUCUCGCUGUCUUCCUCUCAUUGCUGCUCCAAACCUCUUUGCCUUCCCUUGAGAGAGACAUGAACCAAGCCAUACCCACAUUCCAUUAGAAAAUAGUUUUCCUUGUCAUUGAUGGGCCGUAGACAGUUUUGUUAGGGUUAUUUGAGUGAGUGUGUUGGUACUGUAUGCUUGCAUCUUGUUGUUAGUACAGACCUCCUCUGCAUGUCUCCUUAUGCUGCUUGUGACUGCCUUGUGCCCUACAGACUUUUGUAUGUUCCCAAUAACACCACCCUAUAUCCCAUGAACAUAAGGAUGUUCAGAGUCAACGUGCUGUUACCAGUAAGCCCACCAAUAUAUGUACACAUAGCAAAGAGCUUAUGAAUGCUGGGAGGGUCUCAAUAAGCAUGGGGUGAUGUUCCCAGUAAGUGCUGCAGAGCUCAUGGACAUAAGGAUGUUCGCAGUAAGCAUAUCUAGGAUCCCACACAAGCAGGUCACCUGUGCCUUCAUUUUUGUUGUCCAGGCUACUCAGAUCACACCUUGUAUUCAUGAAAUGCCUAUUGGCUAUCCAGCAUUACACAACAUCUAUGAAUGCACAAAACUUACUUAUUUUCAACUGUUUGUUGAACAAACAUUCCACAUGUGAUAAGUUUCAGAACUACCGCAUAGUGCAAUGAACCGUCCACUUUUAGGUGUAUUACUGAAUUACAGUUUUCCUUUCUCUUCUACAACAAUAGGUUAUUUUUUAGGAGUGUUACAAGGUCACUGAAUUGCUGUCUUGUUGAAAUUACCUCCAAAAUCUUGAGAUGCAGGUACUGUGACAUAUUUGUUGUCUGUUCCUCUUGCCUUCAGUUCCACUUCUGCACAUGGUAACCUCUUCUGUAGUGCAGUCUUUGCCAGCCAUUAAUCACUGCAUCAGUACCCUCUGAGCAUCAGUCUGCUCUGACAAGAUAGGUUGUUUGCUCUACAUUACACUACACCUUGUGUUACAAAUAUCUGAGUUAAAUCUGAAAAUUUUUAUCAGCCUAUUUUUAAAAUUAUUGCUAUAGCUAAGACUUUUACAGAAACUAUCCGGUGAAGAAAUAAAGGCACAAGCCUGUUAUUACACUUUUUUGAUUGCAAACUGAACAUGUUUAUUUGAUAAAUUCGUCACUUAUUUGUGGCCAGUUUUUGCUGAGUCCUCGAUGGCCAGUGGGACAUGUCCCUACUUAGGAUGAAACGCUUUUUAAAAUGUUCUCCCACCGCUGUCAUUGACUACACUGCUGUUACACUCACUCUCUUUUCCUGGCUCUACUGUUUCACUGUCCUGUGUCACCUGAUGCACAGGAGGAACAUGACACUGGUUUGCGUGUGUAAACCAGGAGAAUACACUGAAUAGGAGGUUGUGGACAUGACAUUUUUAUUUAAAGGACUUUUAAGCUAGACUUAACUUUAAUGUUGCUUCGCGUUAUUAAAACAUAAUAAAAUAAAGUGGCAUCCUGUCCACAUUGUAACCUUGAUAUUUCCAGUACAGAGAAAUGCUGAGAGCCUGUAUUGGAUGUACUAUUGAUGAAAACAGAGUAAAGUCUUACAGAGCGAGUAUUUUUAAUUCAUUAUAGCUUUAUGUGAUGUUUGCAAUAGAACCUAACCCAUGUAUAAAUAGCGGGAUUAAACUGUAUUAUCAAGCCUUUGAUUGUGGCAUAGUGGUUGUACUUACAAACAAUUUGAGUUACAAACAGACUUCUAUUGUUUGUAAACUGAGGUACCAGUGUAUAAAAUGUCUUGACUGUCAGAUUUUGCAGCUACUAUUUCCAGUGCUAGCAUUGACUAGCUAUUUCCCUUUGGGAAAUAUGUCCCAGACUCCUCAUAUUAUGCACCCAGUGUUAAGGUUUGUCAGAUUCCUUAUCAUCUCAUUGUAGGUGUAUUCCACCUUCUUGUCCUAGUGCUAAAGCUGACUAGUUUACACAACACCCCAUUGUUAAAUACUUAUUAGAUGCUAAACACCCAGUUUGUCUCCUCUAUGAUUUUUCAGGCUCCUGCCUGAGACACGGAACAAGAGCACUGAUGCCAGGGAGUAGUUCCACCCUCCCUAAUUUGUAAUGUAAGCCUCUGCUAUAAAUCUGUUUAUAAGUUGCAUUUGUCAACACUGUGAUUUUUAUUUAGAAAAUGGCAGACUUAGGCAAUUGUAGUAUGCCACGCAUAUCAUAUUUGUCUUCAGCAGUGUCCCGAAGCGUUCAAAAAGAGAGAUUGCUGCAGUUAAAAUGCUUUGCGGGUACUUUAUUCAGUGAGAGCCAAAUGCCUGCCAGCAGUGAAGCUGAUUGAUUGCCUUAAUUGUGGUUUCUGAAAAUGCAUAAAUUAGUACGAGUUCCUCAAAUUGCAUAAAUCAGAGUGUAUUUUUUUACACACUACACAGAUAAGCAGUUUGUAUCUAUGUCAAUAUAUUGUAUCAAUAGCUUUUUUGAGAAUGAUCUUGUUCAGGAUGAAGUUUGCACUUAUUCAGAUAAGUUGUGGCACUAUCCUGUGAAAUCCUGUGAAAUAUUUCAUGCUCACAGUGCUCUUAUUUUGUUUAGUUUUCAUUGUUGUCCUGAAUAGUCUUUCUGGAACUUGAAAUAAAUGUUACCUUAUUUUCUUAUUUAUUUUUUUUUUAUUUUAAAUAUGGAAAUGAUUUUUAAACUGCCUGACUUCAAGCCCCAUUCAGUAGAUUGGGAUGUAGGUUUCUGGGUUGCUGGUCACUCUGAUCCUUUUCAAAACAAAGGACAGCCUCCUUCCCCCCACAGGCUGCGAGGUGGGUUUAGGCUGGCAUGCAGUAAGUAGCAGGGCUCUGAGACCUUUUUGGAGCACCUUUAAUUGUUUUAUUCUUCUUCUCAUCUGUAUUUGCAUUUACUAUACCGCUCUCACCAUAAUCAAUUCCAACAGAAUAGCAGUGUAAUACAGAUAAAUGUGUGUGUGUGUGUGAGUUGCCACUGAUGUAAUGAUGAAUAAUGCAAAUGAAUAAAGCAUGUUUAUUCAUCAGAUGUACGCUGGGUGUCAUGUCCA